GCUCCGCUCUCAGGGGCCGGACCCUGCCCCUCCCGGAGCCCCGCCCCCGGCCCGGCGACGGCGGUGACCGUUGAUGCUUUCGGCGGGCGCCCGGCGGGAGCAAGCGGCGGCCCGGGUAACAUUUCAAGACAAAAGCCCCAGUAGCAUCGUGCCUUCCUUGAAGCAUGGAGUCCGUGGAAUAGUGGGACAUGCGAUCAGCCCUGACAAUACAGCAGGAUGUACAGGGCUGGGGAGCCAGGGAAACGGCAGCCUGGCCCUGCACCCCCUCGAGUGCGGAGCGUCGAAGUGGCCCGGGGCAGAGCUGGCUACGGCUUCACCCUAUCAGGACAGGCGCCCUGUGUGCUCAGCUGUGUCAUGAGGGGCAGCCCUGCAGAUUUCGUGGGCCUCCGGGCUGGGGACCAGAUACUUGCCAUCAAUGAAAUCAACGUGAAAAAAGCCUCCCAUGAAGAUGUGGUAAAACUGAUCGGGAAAUGCUCUGGAGUCCUGCACAUGGUGAUUGCUGAGGGCGCCAGUCACGUGGAGUCCUGUUCCAGCGAUGAAGAAGGUGGCCUGUAUGAGGGGAAAGGCUGGCUGCGGCCAAAACUUGAUUCUAAGGCUUUGGGUAUAAACAGGGCAGAGAGGGUUGUGGAAGAGGUGCAGUCUGGUGGGAUUUUCAACAUGAUUUUUGAAAGCUCAAGUCUUUGUGCCAGUGGCCCUGAGCCGCCGAAGCUGAAGCAGAGGUCCUUGUCGGAGUCGGCUACUUUGCGGCUUGAUGCUGGCCAGGCUGGUCUCUGUGCACCACAUCCCAGCAUGCUUUCCAAAGAAGACAUAUCAAAAGUUAUCAAUGAUGAUUCUGUAUUCACUGUGGGUCUGGACAGUCACGAUGACUUUGGACUAGAUGCGAGUAUUUUAAAUGUUGCCAUGGUUGUGGGCUAUUUGGGCUCCAUUGAGCUCCCUUCCACCAGUUCCAACCUGGAGCAUGACAGUUUACAGGCUAUCCGUGGUUGCAUGCGCCGCCUACGGGCUGAGCAGAAGAUCCAUUCCCUAGUGACCAUGAAGGUCAUGCAUGACUGUGUGCAACUGGUCACUGACAGGGCUGGCGUGGUGGCAGAGUACCCUGCCGAGAAGCUGGCAUUCAGUGCAGUGUGCCCGGACGACAGGCGGUUCUUCGGGCUGGUGACCAUGCAGACCAAUGAUGAUGGGGGCCUGGCACAGGAAGAUGAAGGUGCCCUGAGGACGUCCUGCCAUGUGUUCAUGGUGGACCCAGACUUGUUUCAUCACAAGAUCCACCAAGGCAUUGCGCGGAGAUUUGGGUUUGCAUGCACUGCAGACCCAGACACGAGUGGCUGUUUGGAAUUCCCAGCAUCUUCCCUCCCCGUGCUUCAGUUCAUCUCUGUUCUGUACCGAGACAUGGGUGAACUGAUUGAGGGUGUGCGGGCCCGUGCCUUUCUAGAUGGGGAUGCGGAUGCCCACCAGAAUAAUAGCACUAGCAGCAACAGUGACAGCGGCAUCGGCAAUUUCAACCAGGAAGAGAAGAGCAACAGGGUGCUUGUAGUUGACCUGGGUGGGGGCUCAAGCAGGCACGGCCAGGGCAGUAGUCCAGGGUGGGAAAGUGGAGGUGGAAGGGGCUCACAGCCUUGGAGUGCACCCUGGAAUGGAGCUUUCUGCCAUGACUCGGAGGCUGGCUCCCCAUUGGAAACCAGCCCCAACACUGACAGGUUCUGGGACUUAACAAAGCACUCAGGGCCUGUCUCUCACAUGGAGGUCCCUCCAGCCACCUUGAGGAGUUCUAUACCCCCUUCCAAGAGGGGUGCCACAGGUUCCAGCUGUGGUUUCAACCAGAGGUGGCUCCCGGUCCAUGUGCUUCAAGAGUGGCAGUGUGGACAUGCCAGUGACCAGGAGUCUUACACAGACUCUACUGACGGGUGGUCCAGUGUCAACUGUGGCACACUGCCCCCGCCCAUGAGCAAGAUCCCUGCAGACAGAUACCGGGUGGAGGGCAGCUUUGCUCAAGCCCCACUGAGUACCCAGAAGAGGGACUGGUCUAGGAAGGCUUUCGGAAUGCAGAACCUUUUUGGACCCCAUCGAAAUGUUAGAAAGACCAAAGAAGACAAAAAGAGUUCAAAAUUGGGGCGGGGAGUUGCCCUAACCCAGACGUCUCAGCGCACCUCAGCUCGCAGGUCCUUUGGAAGAUCUAGGAGAUUCAGCAUCACGCGAUCCCUUGAUGACCUUGAGUCUGCAACUGUGUCUGAUGGUGAGUUGACAGGAGCUGACCUGAAGGACUGCAUCAGCAAUAACAGCCUGAGCAGCAAUGCCAGCCUCCCCAGUGUGCAGAGCUGCCGGCGCCUACGAGAGAGGAGAGUUGCAAGCUGGGCAGUGUCAUUUGAGCGGCUCCUUCAGGAUCCUGUUGGUGUUCGCUACUUCUCUGAUUUUCUACGUAAGGAAUUCAGUGAAGAGAACAUUUUAUUCUGGCAGGCCUGUGAAUGCUUCAGUCAUGUUCCUGCACAUGACAAAAAAGAGCUCUCUUACAGGGCCCGGGAGAUUUUCAGUAAAUUCCUGUGCAGCAAAGCCACCACUCCUGUCAACAUUGACAGCCAGGCCCAGCUGGCAGAUGACAUUCUCAAUGCACCCCACCCUGACAUGUUCAAGGAACAACAGCUCCAGAUUUUCAACCUGAUGAAGUUUGAUAGCUACACUCGCUUUCUGAAAUCCCAGCUGUACCAAGAAUGCGUCCUGGCAGAGGUGGAGGGACGUACCCUCCCGGACUCUCAGCAGGUCCCCAGCAGCCCAGCUUCCAAGCACAGCAUCAGCUCUGACCACUCCAAUGUGUCCACACCAAAAAAGUUAAGUGGAAAAUCAAAAUCAGGACGAUCCCUGAAUGAAGAUGUUGGGGACGAGGAUAGUGAGAAAAAACGCAGAGGGGCCUUUUUCUCUUGGUCAAGGAGCAGGAGCACAGGGCGGUCCCAGAAGAAGAAGGACCAUGGUGACCAUGCCCAUGAUGCCCCUCAUGCCAAUGGAGGCCUCUGCCGUCGGGAGUCCCAAGGCUCUGUAUCUUCUGCGGGGAGCCUAGACCUGUCAGAGGCCUGCAGGACUUCAGCACUCGAGAAAGAUAAGGCUGCCAAACAUUGCUGUGUCCACCUCCCAGACGGGACAUCCUGUGUGGUUGCUGUCAAGUCCGGGUUCUCCAUCAAAGAGAUUCUGUCUGGAUUGUGUGAACGGCAUGGCAUCAACGGGGCUGCUGUGGACCUCUUCCUGGUGGGCGGAGACAAGCCUCUGGUGCUGCAUCAGGACAGCAGCAUCCUGGCCACCAGGGACCUACGCUUGGAAAAGCGGACUUUGUUUCGGCUGGAUCUCGUUCCGAUUAACCGGUCAGUGGGACUCAAGGCCAAGCCCACCAAGCCAGUCACGGAAGUGUUGCGGCCCGUGGUGGCCAAGUAUGGCCUGGACCUGGGUAGCCUGCUGGUGAGACUGAGCGGGGAGAAGGAGCCCCUGGAUCUUGGUGCCCCCAUCUCAAGUCUAGAUGGACAGCGGGUCAUCCUAGAGGAGAGGGACCCUUCUCGAGGGAAAGUGUCCACAGACAAACAGAAAGGUGCUCCUGUCAAACAAAACUCAGCUGUGAACUCCAGCCCCAGAAACCACUCGGCUAUGGGAGAGGAGAGAACACUAGGCAAGUCUAACUCUAUUAAAAUAAGAGGAGAAAAUGGAAAAAGUGCUAGGGAUCCCCGCCUUUCAAAGAGAGAAGAAUCUAUUGCAAAGAUUGGGAAAAAAAAAUAUCAGAAAAUUAAUUUGGACGAAGCAGAGGAGUUUUUUGAGCUCAUUUCCAAAGCUCAGAGCAACAGAGCCGAUGACCAGCGUGGGCUGCUAAGGAAGGAAGACCUGGUACUGCCUGAGUUUCUUCGCUUACCUGCUGGUUCCUCAGAACUUGCCCUGUCCAGUCCACCCCCAGUCAAGGGCUAUAGCAAGAGAGCUGUUACAGGCCAUGGCCAGGAGGGAGCAGCUCAGACAGAGGAGAGCUACAGCGACAGCCCAGCUACCAGCCCUGCCUCAGCCCAGAGCCCCUGCUCAGCCUACAGUCCAGGCUCCACCCACAGCCCCAGCUCUGCCCACAGCACCCCUGGGCCUCCUGGGACCACCCAACCUGGAGAGAAGCCUACAAAGCCCUCCUGCGUCUCCACGGUGCAAGAGGGCACUACACAGGCCUGGAGGAGGCUGUCACCAGAAAUGGAGGCUGGGGGCAUCCAGACUGUGGAGGAUGAGCAGGUGGCUGACCUGACCCUGAUGGGGGAGGGGGACAUCAGCAGCCCCAACAGCACGCUGCUACCACCACCCCCCACACCCCAAGACACACCAGGACCUCCAAGACCAGGUACCUCCAGGUUCUGACUCUACACCCUUGACCUGUCCAUGAUUAAUAAAGGGAACACUGAGGCAGGCCGCCCCUGCAUUACAGAUUCUGUGGAUUGAAAUGGCCUGAGGAAUGGCCUCCUUCUCUUAUAUUUAUGGGGCCUCCUUUGCCUUUUCUGAAAGGAAAGCAGGUGGCAGCCAAGGCUCAGUCCCAGGGAGGGUCACUGAGGCUCAGACAGAUAUUCCACGUUGAGCUGGUCCUGUGAAUGUGCCAUGGGAAUGGUGACCCACGCCCAGUGACCCCUUGUGAAGGCUCAGGUCUCUGACUGUGGAUCUUACCUUUAAAACCUGCUUGCUGCCACUUUAGCAUUUUAGCCUCAAGAUGGAAAAAAGUAGUAUUUGUUUUGAGCCAGUCAGCAAGGGUCCCGUGCUGACAAGGAUCAGGUUCUCAGCGUCAGCCUCUCUGUCCAGCCAGGACUCGCUGACUGCCCUCCACACUCGGCAGUGCUCACUGGCUGGCCUCACGCGCGUCCAGGCAUUUCUCUUAGUGGAAGCAUGAAGUCCCGUGUGUGUGGAUGGGGACAGUGUGACCGAGUGUUAGAGAUGCUACUCUAGUCCCACCCAAAACACUCCUGAUCCCACACAGGUGACAGGGCUCCCGCUGUGUUCAGUGUCCUCACAGUGACAGUGAUGCCUUCCAGUGCAUGUUGCCUAUUGUUCCUGUCUGACGCCUUGGCUGUGAUCUGCAGCAGGCAAUGUGGCCGCCCAUCUGGGUCCUGCUUCCUGGGCCUGGUCUUUUCAGGCCUCAUGCAUGUUUCAUGUGCUCUCACACACCAUGGGCUGGACUCCACAGACCCACCCAGUGGGCAUACACCCGAUGGGGAAGCACAAGGUGCCAUGAAGUGGCACUGUGUGCAUGCCUGGGCACCUCUGUCAGGCCACACCCUCCUUUCUGCUCCUUUGUAGCUGCCUGUUUACAGUUCUACCUGUGUUCUGACUCUGUUCUUCCAAGAGAAAUAAACUCUAGAGCUCACCACUGGACUGGCUGGAAACUCCUUUCUUCUUCACUUGAGGGCGGGUUUUCUCUUUAGGAUUGAAGUACAGGCAUGUUUCUUUCUACAUCUUAACCAUUUUGAAGAAAUUAUGUAGAUUUACCUUAAACAACCUUUUUAAAAAUGAUUAUUUAAAA